AUGACUGCUGUUAUGGAUUCUACUGAUAUACAGGUAUCUGAUGAUACAACAACACUUUUAGAUUGGUUAUCUUCGCAAAUUUUCCCCAUCUCCGGUCCGCAAGAACUCAACAUACCUUUGAGAAUACGAAAUAUAACACGAAACACGGCCGACAGCCAUAUUUACUUGCCAAUAUUUCAGAGACUAUUGUAUUCUCUUGCAUCAAACUUAGAAAGUCAAUAUGAUGGAAAUGUCAUGGCAUUUUUCAAAUGUCUGGAAUCGUCAACAACUAAUCUCAACUUAAUCUAUAUUUUCUUUAAAUUUAGUAAUAACGACAUAAUAUUACUCAAAAGAUCCGAGUUCUCCAUAUACCAAGAUUUUAUCCAAUCUAUCUGGGAUGACUUGAUUUCACUUUUUUCCGAAAACCAUAAAUCUUCCGAUCUUUAUCUUGUUUCCAAGAUCCUGAUGAAAAUUAACUUGUUUGACGAAUUGGAUAACUUUAUCUUUCAGCUUUCGAAAUGCAGAAUUAUUCACAAGAUAAACAACAUGUACGAUGUUCAGCCUAUAUAUGAGUCCCUCAAAACAUGGAUUAUCAAUGAUUUAUAUUUGUCCUUCGAAAGCUUAGUCUCUUUCAAAAACUCAAAAGUGUUUAAAGAUUGCUUACUUUUGAUAGCCAAAAAUCAUUUGAUAUCUAAACGAACAAAUCAGAUAUAUGACCUUGUUGAAAACUUCCCUUUCACGACUGAAACAUUGAAAGAAUUCAAUGUAUGUCUCAACAAAACAAGCCAGAAAGAUUUACUUGUUGAACAAUUUAUUUUAAUGUUGAACAAAAAUUUAUUGCUACCCAGUAUUAAAACUACUGAUAUCAUUUUGUACUAUAUUAAAACCAUUCAUGCUCUUUUACUCAUUGACCAUAGAGGAGUUCUUUUGGAUAAAGUAGCAAGGCCUAUACGGUCAUAUUUGUGUAUGAGAAAUGAUACGGUGGAAAAAAUAGUAAAUGGUUUGCUAAGUACAGACCGAGAACAUAACAAAUUGAUCGAAUUGAAUGACGAACUCAAUAAGAAUUUAUUCCAUUCAACCAAUUCUGGAUCGAGUGUGGCAUCUUCAAGCUUGCAGAAGAGAACUUUGAAUUGGCAACCAGAUCCAAUCGACGCAUUACCAGAUUUUCAAGUGGGAAAAAUAGAUGAUACCAUUGACUCGCUAACAUCAAUUUUUAACGAUAACAACCUAUUCAUCAACCAAUUCGUCAACAUAUUUUCCGUAGACUUGCUAAAUAUCACGGACUACAACAUUUCUAAUAUCCUCAAAAAUUUGUCCUUGCUUAAAUCCAAAUUUUCGAACGAUGAUUUUAACAAAAUUGACAUAAUGCUAAAUGAUAUAGUGAAAAGCAAGUCUUUGGAUCUGAAAAUAAAUCAUGUUUUGCAAACAAAUAAUUCUAUUCAUGGAGUUUUUUUGAGUCAUCUAUACUGGCCAAAUUUAUCUUCCAACGUCGCUUUAUUCAAGUUUCCUCCAGCUAUUCAAAAUGAUCUAGCAGCAUACGAGCUUCGCUACAAGAAUUUACAAAAUGGAAGAAGUUUGAAGCUUCACCCUCAGAACACAAAAGCUGAUAUUGAUAUUGAAGUAAAUGGUGUAAAAAAAAGUUAUUUGGUGACAUUGGAUAAAUUAGCAGUGUUAAAUUUUAUAGACGAGUCUAAUCUCGAACCUGUCAAACUGGGUAUCAUAGUCAUGAAUUUGGGCAUGCCUCUUCAACUAGUAAAAACAAGCUUAGAAUUCUGGGUUACCGAAAAUAUUCUGGUUGAAUCAAACGGCGGUUGGAAAGUCAAUGAAUAA